AUGGUUGCCAUUGAUCGUGUUGGAUAUGUCUACCCUUCAGUUCAUCUUCAAGAAAUGCUUAGUCUUGCGCAAAAGCCAGCACCUUUAGCUACACCAACUCAACAAGGUAGCGUACCAUUUAAUGAUACUGUUGCUAGUGUGAUGAAUGGUGAUGCUAUGCAAAAAAUCACACCAGAACAAUUCGGCCUUGCUAACAAUCCAUCAUUGCAAUUCGCAACACCUGGCGGUGGUUUCAUUCAAGUUUUUGGCCCAUUGAAAACACCUGGUAACGAUAAAUUCUUUCAUGAUCCUAACCCAGUCGUCAUUCAAAAGAAAUCGAAACCAAUUACCUACGUACAAAAGAUCAAUUUAGCUUAUUAUAAACCACCUGCACCACCAGCGCCCGGUCCAGUUAUCAUCAAAGAAGUUCGUCCACCUCAAGCACCAGUUCCACCACCACUCUUUGUUCGUAUUCAACCACCACCACCACCCGAACAAGCACCAAUAGUCAUUCGUGAGGCUCCACCACCACGACCAAAACAAAUUCCAACAACUCAUUUAACUAAAGUCUUACCGGCCAUUCCAGUUCCACCACCAAAUGUUCAAGUGCGCAACGCUCCUGAUGCAGCCACACUUGAGAAAACUUUAAAUGGUCUAGGUCUUACAUCACUAUUACAAUAA